GCUUUCUACUAGUGUGUGUGAGAGGGAGAGAAACAAAUCCCACCCUCUCUUCUUCUUCAAAAACGCACCCUAUUCUUCCCUAUUUGCAUCGCAUUUGUUCUUGAAUCUCUUUGUAUUCCCAGAGUCUCUUAGAGAGAGAGAGAAAGAGAGAGAGAAUGUUCCAUACCAAGAAACCCUCAACUAUGAAUUCCCAUGAUAGACCCAUGUGUGUUCAAGGGGACUCUGGUCUUGUCCUCACCACAGACCCCAAGCCCCGUCUCCGCUGGACUGUUGAGCUCCAUGAACGCUUUGUGGAUGCCGUUACUCAGCUUGGAGGCCCAGAUAAGGCCACUCCCAAAACCAUCAUGAGAGUCAUGGGUGUGAAGGGUCUUACCCUUUACCACCUCAAAAGCCAUCUUCAGAAAUUCAGACUUGGAAAGCAACCCCACAAGGAUUUCAAUGAUCAUUCAAUUAAGGAUGCUUCGGCGUUAGAUCUUCAACGAAGUGCAGCAUCUUCAUCUGGCAUGAUGAGCCGCAGUAUGAAUGAUAACUCACACAUGAUUGAUGCGAUUAGGAUGCAAAUGGAGGUGCAGAGAAGACUGCAUGAACAAUUAGAGGUUCAAAGACACCUUCAAUUAAGGACCGAGGCUCAAGGGAAAUAUAUACAAAGUUUGUUGGAGAAAGCUUGCCAAACCCUAGCAGGUGAUCAAAACUUGGCUUCUGGAAGCUAUAAGGGAAUGGGGAAUCAAGGAAUUCCUGGUAUGGGUGCAAUGAAAGAAUUUGGCACGCUGAAUUUUCCAGCAUUUCAAGACCUUAACAUUUAUGGGGGUGACCAGCUUGACCUUCAACACAAUAUGGAUAGGCCAUCACUCGAUGGUUUCAUGCCGAACAACGACAACAUUUGUUUGGGAAAGAAGAGGCCUAGUCCUUACGAUGGUAGUGGAAAGAGCCCUUUGAUUUGGCCGGACGAUCUGCGUUUGCAGGAUUUGGGAUCAGGACCGGCAUGUCUUGAACCACAAGAUGAUCCUUUCAAAGGUGAUCAAAUCCAGAUGGCACCACCAUCAAUGGAUAGGGGUACUGAUCUGGAUUCCAUAUCUGACAUGUAUGAAAUAAAGCCAGCGCUUCAGGGUGAUGCACUGGAUGAGAAGAAAUUUGAAGCAUCAGCAAAGCUAAAAAGGCCAUCCCCAAGAAGAUCACCACUAGCAGCCGAAAGGAUGAGCCCUAUGAUCAACACUGGCGCUAUGCCACAAGGCAGAAACUCACCAUUUGGUUGAAGCUGACCUAUGACUUGUGUAGAUGUAAGUGACAUGAUAUAAAUUAUUAAGCUUCUUUAUAAGUAUGAGAUGUAGGGUUUUUGGGCUUGAAAGUUACUAGCAAUUUAUUAAAUUAGGGUUCUGCUCUAGCUGGGCAUAACAUAACGCCAUGCGUGGCAAACAAUCCAGUUAAAUUGUUAUGAAUUAACAAGUACAUCAAACUUGUACUUAUUUUGGCA